CUUUAUUUGUGGAAGAUGUAGAAGUAGCCUAAAAGACCACACCUUCACACAACCCAAUGGUGAAGCUCUUCGAAAUACGAAUAGUGGUCUUUUGUAUAAGUUUUCUUUUAUUGUUUGUUUGUCAUCGAUGUAACAAGACUGAAACCAAUGACAUCAAAACAGAUGGGUUUAAACCACCAGAUUGUGUUUCGACUUGUAGCAAAGUGGGUCCAACAUAUUGCUGUUGUGGCACCUGUUGCACGUGUGACAUAGAUAAAACCAAAUGUGACAAAAAAUAUUUGGGACUGAAGAUAACUGUCAAUGCAACUAUUAAUGUGAUUAUUCCAAGUAUACCGAGUAUCAUCCAUGUAAUGAUCGUGGUCAAGAUUCUUACUCUUAGAUCCAUUAUUCAAAUCACUAGAAUUCCAAUAAAAAGAACUUUCUAG